AUUCAGCAGAUACAUGCGGACCGGCUCUAUCUGCCGACGAUCCUCAUCCACCACCCUUUACUACUACAUGUAAUUUGACUUAUACGCAACAAGGUGAAUUAUGUGGCUAUCAAAAAAAGUAUUCAUCAAAUAGGGACCAUUUAGGACGUAAAAUAUCGCAUUUUUGUCCUCCUCCUUUUCCCUGUCCAGAACGUGACAUUGUUAUUCAAAAGGGUACUAAUUGUCAUAUUGAUUCUUAUAGUGCAUUUUUUGACAAUAAUCGUCUUUCACAAACACAAUUACAUCAAAACUUCCUUGACGCUGGUAUUACCGAUGUAUAUGUUGUUGGUUUGGCAUUCGAUUAUUGUGUAUUUUACAGUGCUAUGGACGCCAGAACGUUGAAUUAUACCGUAUAUGUUAUUAAAGAUGCUACAAAAGGUAUUGAAGAACAUGGAAUUAGAUAUGCAACCCGAAAAAUGAAAAAACAUGAUAUUCUUUUAAUCAAUAGUAGUCAGUUACUAUCACCGUGGAAAAAUUUAGAUGCUCCUAAUCAUACGGAUGAUCUCUAG